UUUGACCAGUGGCUAUCUAUAUGGCCAACUGUAUUAUCCGAAACCGACAGGUGAGUAUGGAUAUUGUACACAGGUGAUAUAGAGGUCAGUGAUAUUAUCGUUGUUGGAUAUUCAUAUAAAGCUACUUCAAUACACGUUUUACAGAGGUGUUAUAUUUCAAACUUAAAUCAUUUGAAGAACUUACAAUGUAUAUCUUUAGAAAUGAUAUUCACUAUCUGUUCUUCACUUCUCCUUCGGCUUGAUAACGUGGAUAGGUAGAUUUGCCUUUGAUGGUAAUUGUUCCAUUUAUUCGUUAUGCAAUGAUUACGUAAUUAACGUAUCUUUAAAGGAGUCUUUCUUGAUAUGAAAGAUAGAAUUGAACAGAGGUAUCACAAAAUCACACGAAUGACACAUAUCACAUAACUAUAUUAAUCGGUGCCAAUUAAAUCUGUCACAGGUGUGUAACUGGGAAAUAGCUAUUUUGUUAUUCACUGUUGUACAGGGACUUUUAACAAAGACAAGGGAAAUUGUAAAUCUGGUGCCUGAAGUAGAUAUUCUCUUUUUACGGCGUGUUGUUCGACGGUAACAGGAACCAUAGGUCUCAUAAACAAUAUCCUAUCAGUUUCUAACACUGACUUUGACUGCAAUCGCAGUAUAUUUAUAACAGCUAUUACAUUGCAUUAUUUUAUAUAUUGUUUAUGUAUAGAUGUAUAUGUCUUAACAUUUGAGCCGAUCCUCUCGCUACUGAGGGUAAAUGCAGUCACGGUGGACAGGGUGACCUUGGAAAGAACACAGCAGCAACUGGUGGAAUAAACAAGGAAACUCCGGACUGGACCUUGUCUCCGCAUGCGCAUCUUCAUAAUAUUUCAGGACUGACGGCUGUCAAAGCGACGGAAUCUUUCUUCAUGGAUCCAGCAUCAGGGUUUCUGAAAGAUGUUGCUCAGACAACCGUUAUGGACAUUCUUAAACUGAAUAACAUAAGACACAGACACUCCAUGGGAUUUGUGGUGGACGUCUCAGAAUCUAUGGCUGACGAUAUAAGGGCUUUGAAGGAAACGCUUAUCAGUAAAUUAUCUUCAGUGAUUGGAACAGACAAUGAGCCAGACCAUUAUGUUUUGUCGACUUUUAGCGACCCUGCAAACAGAACCAAAGUUGCCACAACGGCUGAUGGAAAUGAAUUGAUACGGUGGCUGGACAAUAUAACUUUGGUACCAGAGACUGACUGCCCGGAUUAUGUCAUGUCCGGAAUUCUAGCUGGUAUGUAA